AUGUUUUUAAUUAAAAACAAGGAGCCACGAUCAUCAAAGAAAGGAGCGUCUAAUAUAUUUACGACAACUAAAGGCAUCCCUAACAAAACUCCUCCAGUUACCAAUUCUGUUUUUACCCCUCAAAAUACAAAACCAGGACCGACUGAAAAACCAACUACACAAACCAAAUCAUCUGUUCACACCAAACUGCCAUCGACAAACACAAACGAAAAUAUUUCUCCUCCAACUGCUUCUAAAAAAAAUACAACUUCACAGACAGAUACGACUAACACUUCUUCCACCACACUUGUAGAAACCACUACCACAUUAACAGCUACUACCAGCUCUACUGAUUCACAAUCUACACAAUCAAUAAAACCUGACAAGAACUCCACUUCUUCCACCACACUUGUAGAAACAACUACUCCAUUAACAGCUACAUACAGCACUACCGAUUCACAAUCAAUAAAACCUGACAAGAAUACCACUUCAUCCACCAGACUUGUAGAAACAACUACCCCAUUAACAGCUACUACCAGCACUACUGAUUCACAAUCUACACAAUCAAUAAAACCUGACAAGAACUCCACUUCUUCCACCACACUUGUAGAAACAACUACUCCAUUAUCAGCUACUACCAGCACUACUGAUUCACAAUCUACAAAAUCAAUAAAACCUGACAAGAACACCACUUCUUCCACCACAAUUGUAAAAACAACAACUUCAUUAACAGCUACUUACAGCACUACUGAUUCUCAAUCCAUAAAAACUGACAAUAUUACCACUUUAUCUACCACAAUUGUAGAAACGACACCCAUAUUAUCAGCUACUAACCGCACUACUGUUUCACAAUCUUCACAAUCAGUAAAAUCUGACAGUAUUACUACUUCUACUACCACACUUGUACAAAUAACUACCCCAUUAACAGCUACUACUAGCACUGCUAUUUCACAAUCAACAAAAGCAUUGACAACUGACAGAAUUCCUACUUCUUCCGCCACACUUGUACAAAAAACUACCCCAUUAAAAACUACUUACAGCCCUAUUGUUUCACAAACGACACAACCAAUAAAACCUGACAGUAUUACCACUUCUUCUACCACACUUUUACAAACAACUACCCCAUUAACAGUUACUACCAGUACUUCUGUUUCACAAUCAACAAAACCAUUGUCAACUGACAGAUUUCCCACUUCUUCCACUACACAUGUACAAACCACUACCCCCUUAACAACUACUACUAGUACUAUUGUUUCACAAUCAACAAAACCAUUGACAACUGACAGAUUUCCCACUUCUUCCACUAGAUUUAUACAAACAACUACCCCAUUAAAAACUACUUACAGCCCUAUUGUUUCACAAUCAACACAACCAAUAAAACCGGAUAGGAUUACCACCUCUUCCACUACACUUGUAAAAACAACUACCCCAUUAACAACUACUACCAGCAUUACUGUUUCACAAUCAACAAAACCAUUGACAACUGACAGAGUUCCCAUUUCUUCUACCAGACUUAUACAAACAACUACCCCAUUAAAAACUACGUACAGCUCUAUUGUUUCACAAUCAACAAAACCAUUGACAACUGACAGAGUUCCCACUUCUUCCACUAGAUUUAUACAAACAACUACCCCAUUAAAAACUACUUACAGCCCUAUUGUUUCACAAUCAACACAACCAAUAAAACCCGAUAGGAUUACCACUUCAUCCACUAGACUUAUACAAAAAACUACCCCAUUAAAAACUACUAAUAGUACUAUUGUUUCACAAUCAACAAAACCAUUGACAACUGACAGAUUUCCCACUUCUUCCACUAGAUUUAUACAAACAACUACCCCAUUAAAAACUACUUACAGCCCUAUUGUUUCACAAUCAACACAACCAAUAAAACCGGAUAGGAUUACCACCUCUUCCACUACACUUGUAAAAACAACUACCCCAUUAACAACUACUACCAGCAUUACUGUUUCACAAUCAACAAAACCAUUGACAACUGACAGAGUUCCCAUUUCUUCUACCAGACUUAUACAAACAACUACCCCAUUAAAAACUACGUACAGCUCUAUUGUUUCACAAUCAACAAAACCAUUGACAACUGACAGAGUUCCCACUUCUUCCACUAGAUUUAUACAAACAACUACCCCAUUAAAAACUACUUACAGCCCUAUUGUUUCACAAUCAACACAACCAAUAAAACCCGAUAGGAUUACCACUUCAUCCACUAGACUUAUACAAAAAACUACCCCAUUAAAAACUACUAAUAGUACUAUUGUUUCACAAUCAACAAAACCAUUGACAACUGACAGAGUUCCCACUUCUCCCACUAGAUUUAUACAAACAACUACCCCAUUAAAAACUACUUACAGCCCUAUUGUUUCACGAUCAACACAACCAAUAAAACCCGAUAGGAUUACCACCUCUUCCACUACACUUGUAAAAACAACUACCCCAUUAACAACUACUACCAGUACUACUGUUUCACAAUCAACAAAACCAUUAACAACUGUCAGAGUUUCCACUUCUUCAACCAGACUUAUACAAACAACUCCCCCAUUAAAAACUACGUAUAGCCCUAUUUUUUCACGAUCAACACAACCAAUAAAACCCGAUAGGAUUACCACUUCUUCCACCACAAUUGUAAAAACAACUACCCCAUUAAAAACUACAUACAGUUCUAUUGGUUCACGAUCAACACAACCAAUAAAACCCGAUAGGAUUACCACUUCUUCCACCACACUUGUAAAAACAACUAUCCCAUUAACAACUACUACCAGAAUUACUGUUUCACAAUCAACAAAACCAUUGUCAACUGACAGAGUUCCCACUUCUUCCACCAGACUUGUACAAACAACUACCCCAUUAAAAACUACGUACAGCCCAAUUGGUUCACGAUCAACACAACCAAUAAAACCCGAUAGGAUUACCACCUCUUCCACUACACUUGUAAAAACAACUAUCCCAUUAACAACUACAUACAGUUCUAUUGGUUCACGAUCAACAGAACCAAUAAAACCCGAUAGGAUUACCACUUAUUUCACCAGACUCGUACAAACAACUACCCCAUUAACAACUACUACCAGCACUACUGUUUCAAAAUCAACAAAACCAUUGACAACUGACAGAGUUCCCACUUCUUUCACCACACUGGUACAAACAACUACCCCAUUAAAAACUACUUACAGCCCUAUUGUUUCACGAUCAACACAACCAAUAAAACCCGAUAGGAUUACCAUUUCUUCCACCACACUUAUACAAAAAACUACGCCAUUAAAAACUACUUACAGCCCUAUUGGCUCACAAUCAACACAACCAAUAAAGCCUGAUAGGAUUACCACUUUUUCCACCACAUUUGUAAAAUCAACUACCCCAUUAAUAACAGCUACCAAAAGCACUGCUGUCUUACAAUACCCACAAUUUUUAAAACUUGACAUGAUUCCCACUUAUUUUACCAAACUUGAUGGUCCUCAAAAAGUUGAUUUUCAAAUUUAA